AUGAGGUUCGGAAGGGCGCCUAUCAGCCAGACAAACACGCUGUACGGCGGCCCAGAGAGCCGCAGACGGAAGUGUCUCUGCCUCUUGGAAAUGGAGCCAAGCUUUCUCCUCUCUGCAGCCCUGAGGCCUGCUGCCCUCCUCCUUACCAUUCUCUUCUGUAUGAGCCAAGUUCUACCAGCCAGGGGCAGAUUCAAGGAGGUCUGUGAGCGUCCAAAUGGCGCCUGCCAGGAAUUCUGCCUUGAAUCAGAACUGCAGGCCGGGAGAUGUUUAAAUGGCCAACCAUGCUGCCUGCCCAUGGGGAAUGAGCCCCUCAUUGAGCCGACUACACCCAAGGAAUGA